UAUAUAUAAAUACUGACAGACACCACUUGCAUCCAUCAAGCUAUUUUAGCUUCUUUUUUUGUUCAUAUUUAAUAAAUCUCUCUCUUUCUCCCCCAAUGGAUAUGCUGCAUUUGCUGCGCAGUUCCACAAGUACCCCAAAAAUUUUGUUACAUGGAAACCAAUGGGAGGCCAAAGCUGCACCAGGUGGGUCUAGUGGGCUGCUUGGCCGAAGAGACAAUAUUGCUCUCGAUGCAGAAGGGUUAGCUCCAAGAAUCAAGCAGAUGUUGAACAAAGUUGAGCUAUCUGUUUCCUCUUAUGACACAGCAUGGGUUGCUAUGGUGCCUUCAAAGGAUUCUUCAAAGCAACCUUCGUUCCCAAAAUGCCUAAACUGGGUUAUGGAGAAUCAACGAAUUGAUGGAUCCUGGGGUCUUGAUCCAUGCCAUCCUUUGCUCGUUAAAGACUCUCUAUCUUGUACUUUGGCGUGUGUACUUGCCCUCCAGAAAUGGAAAGUUGGCCCGCAACUUAUUCAUAAAGGUUUGGACUUCAUUGUUUCUAACAUUUGGGCGGCCACGGACAAGAAUCAACACUCUCCACUUGGAUUUGACAUAAUAUUUCCAGGCAUGAUUGAGUAUGCCAACCACAUAGGCUUGAAUCUUUCGGUGAACCAGCCUUCAAUGGAGGCAAUGUUUCUUAAGCGAGACUUGGAAACUAAAAGUUUGAAGGAUAAAACAAGCAAUCUAGCAUAUUUUGCAGAAGGGUUAACUCAGUCAUGCGAUUGGAAAGAGAUAAUGAAAUAUCAAAGGAUGAAUGGAUCACUCUUCAACUCACCAUCUACAACUGCAGCUACUUUUAUCUACCUUCACGAUGGAAAAUGCUUCGAAUACUUAGAUACGCUAGUGAAAAAUUUUGAAAAUGCAGUUCCUACAGUUUAUCCCCUGGAUCUCUAUGCCCGUCUGUCGGUGGUCGACAAUUUGCAAAAACUAGGAAUUGAUCGAUAUUUCAGGGAAGAAAUAGAAGUAGUAUUGAGUGAAGUCUACAGAAAUUGGAUGCUGGGAAGUGAAGAAAUAAUUUUAGAUGCCAGAUGUUGUGCAAUGGCAUUUCGUCUCCUACGGAUGAAUGGAUAUGAAAUUUCCGCAGAUGGAUUAUCCAAUGUUGAAGAACAAGAAAAGUUGCUCUAUGCAAAAGAUACAAAGUCAAUUCUAGAGUUAUUCAAGGCUUCACAGGUCACAAUAUUUGCUGAUGAGCCUGUUCUUGAUAGAAUUUAUGCUUGGACAAGUACUUGUCUUAAUGACAUGUUAGUGAAUGGGGCAAUCUCAGAAAAGAAUUUACAAAUAGAGGUAGAUUAUGCUUUAAAGCAUCCUCAUGCCUGUUUGGAGCGAAUUGAAAGCAGAAUGUGGAUUGAGAAUUACAAUGCAGAUAAUUUUUCACUUCUUAAAACAUCUUAUAGGUUUUGCAAUGUUGAUUACAAAGAUCUCUGGAAAUUUUCAAUCCAAGAUUUUAAUGUGUGCCAAGCGAUACACAGGGAAGAACUUGAGCAUCUUGAGGGAUGGAUCAAGAAAUAUGGCAUAAACAAUCUCAAGUUUACAAGGCCGACGAUUAGAUAUGCCUUUUUUGCCAUUGCAUCUACAUUUUUCCAACCUAAUUUCUCCAAUAUUCGCAUGUCAUGGGCCAAAAAUUCUGUCCUGGCAACUGCUGUUGAUGAUUUCUUUGACUUCGCUGGCUCUAUGGAAGAACUAUUAAACCUGAUUGAUUUGAUCGAAAGGUGGGAUCAGCAUUCAACCAUUGACUACAAGUCUAAAGAAGUUGAGAUACUCUUUGGUGCAAUUUAUGGCACCACUAAUGAACUUGCAGCUAAGGCUAGCAUUCAACAAGGAAGAUGCAUCAAAAGGCACCUAAUUGACAUUUGGAUAAGCUUUCUCAAGGCUAAUUUAAAAGAGGCAGAGUGGGCAAGAAACAAGACAAUUCCAACAAUAAAUGAAUAUCUAUCAAAUGGGUAUAUAUCAUUUGGAUUAGGACCUAUCAUCCUCAUAUCACUUUAUUUUUUGGAACCAUUGUCUGAGGAGGUUGUCACAAGUGAAGAAUACAAAAAUUUGUUUAUGCAUACAAGCCUUAUUGCUCGACUUAUUAAUGAUCGUGUGACCGUUGAGAGGGAAGGUGCACAAGGAAAGCUGAAUAGUGUGUCUCUACAAGUAGUCCUUAGUGGAGGUGCUGUAACUAAGGAGGAUGCUCAAGAAGAGGUAAAAAGACUCAUUGAGAGUCAUAGGAGAGAGUUGCUGAGAAUGGUGCUUCAAACUGAGGAAAGCACAGUUCCAAAAGUUUGCAAAGAUUUGUUUUGGAGGAUGAACAAGGUCCUGCACCUAUUUUACAUGAGUGGUGAUGGGUUUUCUUCUCCAAGCAAGAUGGUUAAUGCAGUGAACGCAAUCAUCAAUGAACCUAUCAUUCUACCCUAGGAAUUCAAUUUUGGAUUCAGAUAAUAUUAAGAGAAUAAAUCAUGUUUGAUUUUCACUCUCUGAAUUUGGUCCUUGGGUUUUUAUUGAUACUACGAUUUGAUC